AUGGCUACAGCUCUACUCCAGUGCCAAAAUACUCUCUACGAUUGGGCUGAAAGCAUCGACACAAAGUCUUGGUCUCUACUUCACAGCCUUUUUGCUCCAGAGGUCUCCAUUGAUUAUGGAGAUGUUGGUGGUAUUAAAGAUUUAUCGGCAGCACCGGAUUCAUUUGUUGAAUGGGUUUCCAGCCCUGAGCGACUAGGAAAUUUGGAUAUCACGACCCAACAUUUUAUCGGCGCGUGCAAGUGGACAGAACUGUCGGAAUCGAGAUGGAGGGUGCAUUUCCAGAUUCGAGCUGCUCAUUGGAGGCCUUCGAACAAGGGAGAAGGCGCGACUCUUAAUGCAAAUGGAUAUGGUCUUAAUAAUAUGGAGUUUGAGUUGAGUGGGGGUAUUUGGAAAAUCGUGUUGGUUAAGGUUGGGGCGAGGUGGAUUGAAGGAGAUAUCCAAGCUGUUUUCAGAGGAGAUUAA